CCUAUUGCAUUGCCAUGCUAGAGAACACUUCUCUUCGCUUUUGCCGUGACAACUUUCCGUGAAUACUUGUGGCUCAUCCACCCCUGAAAAGAGGACUUUGGUUUUUCUUUUUGGUUUCCUUUUCUGUUUUAUAAUAGUCGCCCAGCGCUAUUGGCCAAUAGCAACCAAGAUGUCCACUAUGGCCUCGCGAUCUCACUUGCUCCGCUUGCCAGAGCAAAGCCUUCGGAGGACUGCUUUCAAUUCAAAGAGGUCUUUCGCGCUCUUGCAGGUUUCAAGAUAUCUCUCUUCCUCCGCAUUGUGUUCUCCAAGAGCUCCCACCUCUCGGAAACCAUUGUGCUUCACUAGCAUACAAUCUUCUGUUACCCCGAAACUGAAUGUUUACGAACAACGGCAAGUCCGCUAUUAUGCGGAUACAAUUGUGAAAGUCCCGGAGAUGGCGGAGUCAAUUACAGAGGGCACUUUGAAACAAUUCUCAAAACAGGUUGGCGACUUUGUAGAGCGCGACGAAGAAAUUGCCACCAUUGAAACCGAUAAGAUCGAUGUCUCCGUCAAUGCCCCCGAAUCUGGUACUAUCAAAGAGUUCCUCGUCAACGAGGAGGAUACUGUCACAGUUGGCCAGGAGAUUGUCAAGCUCGAGCCUGGAUCGGGAGGCGGCUCUAAAAGCCCAGAAGCCGAGGCACCAAAGCAAGCUUCACAAGAACAAUCUGCUCCCAAAUCAGAGGAGAAGAAAGCACCAGAAACGUCGAGACCCCAAGAGUCGCAACCUCCUAAGCAACAGGAGGCUCCUAGCCAGAAGCAGCCUGAGAAAAAACCUCAAGAGACCACAGCCCUUAAACAACCAACCGCCGAGCCCGUGAAAGCAGGCUUGCGUGAAGAGCGACGUGUCAAAAUGAACCGUAUGCGACUACGCAUUGCCGAACGCCUCAAGCAAUCCCAGAACACCGCAGCUUCUCUCACAACAUUCAACGAAGUAGACAUGUCUUCUCUCAUGGAAUUCCGUAAAUUGUAUAAAGACGAUGUUUUGAAGAAGACUGGCGUGAAGCUCGGGUUUAUGAGCGCCUUCUCCCGCGCCUGUGUUCUUGCCAUGAAAGAGCUUCCAGCCGUCAAUGCAUCCAUCGAAGGCCCUAACGGAGGUGAUACCAUCGUGUACCGCGACUAUGUAGAUAUCAGUGUUGCUGUCGCGACAGAAAAGGGACUUGUCACCCCUGUGGUCCGAAAUGCAGAGACCAUGGAUUUGGUGGGCAUUGAAAAAGCCAUCGCUGAUCUAGGCAAGAAGGCUCGUGAUAACAAAUUGACGAUCGAGGAUAUGGCCGGUGGCACAUUCACCAUCAGUAACGGUGGUGUUUUUGGCUCCCUCAUGGGAACACCUAUUAUCAACUUGCCUCAAACAGCUGUUCUCGGACUUCAUGCCAUCAAGGAUAAGCCUGUGGUUGUUAACGGAAAAAUUGAAAUUCGACCAAUGAUGUAUCUGGCCCUGACCUACGAUCACCGCCUGCUUGACGGUCGAGAAGCAGUCACAUUCCUCGUGAAGGUCAAGGAGUACAUUGAGGAUCCUCGACGGAUGCUGUUGGGUUAAGGUCUUACGGGAGGUCAUCUCUGAUGCGUACCAUUUUAUAUCAAGCUUCGCGUGGGAAAUCGUGGAAGUCUGAUUCUAGAAGAUCUAGAGCAGUAUCUCCUGCCCUUGUUUGCCUAUACGCCUUCGCUGUUUGUUUAGAAUGUUCUUGUAGUGUAGAAAUAUAUUUGCGAUCCAUGUGCAUUUCACACGAAUGCGUCCAGAUAUAUUAAUAUGUAUUCUAUUUCUACCUCACAUAGAAUUAUCGCGCAUCCCAAGAAAUCCCAACGCCUAUUCAAAACAAAUGCACCACAAAAUAUCGAAAAUUGAGCGAAAUCUCUUUCUCCCAGUCAACCCAACUCCCCCAUCUCCAUCUUCACCAAUACCGGUGUUUUCAGGUCCCCGAGGAUUGUCCGUAUAUGCAUUAUAACCAUUGCUUCAAAC